UCCGCGUCGGGCGGCGCGGGCGCGCAGGGCGCGGCCGGCGCCUUCCAGUGCUCCUUCUGCCAGAAGACGUUCUCGCAGAAGAACACCUACCAGAACCACGUGCGCUCGCACGGCAAGGAGGGCGACGAUCCUUACCCGUGCACCAUCUGCGGCAAGACGUUCGCGGUGCCGGCCCGCCUCACGCGCCACUUCCGCACGCACACGGGCGAGAAGCCGUACCAGUGCGAGUUCUGCAAGAAGGCCUUCUCCGUCAAGGAGAAUCUGAGCGUGCACCGGCGCAUCCACACCAAGGAACGGCCGUACAAGUGCGACGUGUGCGAGCGCGCCUUCGAGCACAGCGGCAAGCUGCACCGGCACAUGCGCAUCCACACGGGCGAGCGGCCGCACAAGUGCCAGGUGUGCUCCAAGACGUUCAUCCAGAGCGGCCAGCUCGUCAUCCACAUGCGCACGCACACGGGCGAGAAACCGUACGUGUGCAAGGCGUGCGGCAAAGGCUUCACCUGCUCCAAGCAGCUCAAGGUGCACACGCGCACGCACACGGGCGAGAAGCCGUACUCGUGCGACAUCUGCGGCAAGUCGUUCGGCUACAACCACGUGCUCAAGCUGCACCAAGUGGCGCACUACGGCGAGAAGGUGUACAAGUGCACCAUCUGCAGCCAGACGUUCACGUCCAAGAAGGCGAUGGAGGUGCACAUCAAGAGCCACUCGGAGCAGCAGCAACCUCAGCAACCUCAGCAGCAGCAGCAGCAGCAGCAGCAGCAACAGCAAGCUCCUGCGGCGAGCUCUGCGCAGCACCAGUGGCACACGCCGUCGUCGCAGCAGCACCACCACCACCACCACCAGCAACAGCCGCAGCAACACCACCAGCAGCCCCAGCAGCAGCACCACCUACCUCCGCCGCCAGCGCCGUCCCCGGAGCCUCGUCUGGAGGCGCAAGUGGCACGCAAGGCGACAGAAGUGGCGGCGUCGAUGGAAGACGACGCGGGCAACCCCGUGAGCGUGCGCGACAUGUGCUACUACUACUUCUACCCGCCGUCGGGGGCUGCGCCCGUCCCACCCGCCCACGCGGGCCAGGGCGUCGGCGGCAGCCUGACGCCGCCCGCCAGCGUCGAAGACGACGAGCACUUCGCGCGCGCCGACACGGCCGUGCCGCUGAGCGAGCCGCCCGUCUACCUGUUCCCCGAGCCCUUGGGUUCGAUGCGCGGCCGCGCCACGCCGUACGACUUGCCCGUGCCGGCGUGCCUGGCCGCCUCCAGCCCGUCGCCGCCGCUGACGCCGCCCUCCAGCAACCCCGUCUCGCCCGUACCCGCCGCUCCCGCGUCGCCCGACCGCCGCGACGCCUGUUCGCUGCCGCCCCGCAAGCGCUGCAAGCAGAUCCUCAAGUCCAUCGCGGCAGCGGCCGCCGCCGAACCAGCCAUCCGCUACAGCUCCGUCAUACACUACGCGGGGGCCUCGUAAGUGCCGUCGGACACUUCCGUCGCUUAACGUUCCGUCGCUCGCGAGUAAAACACUGGGACUUCUCACAAGUGAAGCGAAGUGACUCCGCGAGUGACUACAAUACGGACAAAUUGUAGGCUAGUCAGAACGACUGUUCAGGGUACUUUGCGUCUAGCCUAUAGCCGAGUGAGAUGAGGAAAUGCGAGCUCAGACGCGCAUUUGUACAGUGUUCUGCUCCAGUUAGUGGACUCGUGUCUAACUGGAGGACGUCAAAAUUUUCAUAGAGUUAUAGCUGACAGCAGUACUGUUAUUACUAAAGGUACUUGUCCCUCCGCUGGUCCUUCCUAAACCAGGUAUCCGUACGCCAUUUGAAACUGUUCGCCGCUGUAUUUGAAAAUAUCCCAGUUAUUCUAAUUUAUUUGCUACAGUAGUCAUGACUAACUCUAAGAACACUCUUGCCUUGGUGGCGUAGCUGUUUGGAUACAAAUCAAAAGACGGUUCAGCACUUCGGAUACAUUCACUUGUUUCUGGUCGUUAACGACGUUACCUUUCAAUACUGUCAGACAAUAUACUUACAUUUUUGUAGCAUCUUGUUCUCACGUAAACUUCGUCUCACGAUUUUCAUCAUAUAUGUAUGACAUUUGAAACUUAUAAUACAGUCCCGUUUACGAGUAUGCAGGCGCAUUAAACGCAUUGUCGUCUGAUGUAUAAUUUGUCUGUUUUGGCCACAUCGACCAAGUGGUCGGUAGCCAAGUUGUCUGAUGUAUAAUUUGUCUGUUUUGGCCACAUCGACUAAGGGGUCGGUAGCCAGUGAGACCAGUAGAUUUAUAUCGAAACAGCUGCUCCCGCCAGACACCGCGCCGAGCCUCUUACUAGAGAAAACAGUAUUUGUUUUAUUACAUAAACCAAAGGUACCAUAAAAUACUUGGUCUACAUUUUCUCAAUGCCCAAAUACACCUACCCUUCCUGCAAGCUACUUCAUAAGCUACACACGUUCAUUACUCCUAUUCCUGUUUAAUUCAUUCACAGAAAGCAGAUAAAACAUUCAGGCUGAAUGUCCUGUUGGAGGGAUAAGGACACGACGGUUUCCGCUCCUUUCUUUUUUUUUGCUGUCCGUGUGUGUCGAAUGUACUUUUUCCUUAAGAGCUCGCUCAUAUCUCUUCUUUUUUUAUUGUUUUUUUAUGAGUAACGAGGAAUAGCGCUCAGUGAAAUUCGUACCCAGCUGAUCUCAAACAGACUGGAUUCACUAUGAUCCUUUCACAGAGAGUUACAAACCUCGCGAGCACGACUGAGUGUCAAAGACUGCACUAUGACGAGUUGACAAGACUGUACAUACAAGCAGCACUGGGUUGCUCCGGAUCAUUUUAGCAAUAAAGAAACAAAGAAAUGUAGUAACCUGCGUGCAGGUACCUCAAAUCAGAAUUUUGCUCUGUACUGCACAAGAAAAAGUUUUUUGAUGUGUUUAGGAGCAUUUGCGAUAUCUGGUAACGAGAGAGAAGAAAUUAUUUAGCUAAAAAUUGUUGAACACUUGUGCUAAUGUAUAUUUUACUUUCGCUGUUUCUUAAAAUUACGAAGUCCUCACCAAAGUACAAACGCAUCAGUAGCAAGAAGAAAUAAAGUGUAAAGAUUCAUGAGGCCUUGUGACAGUGUUUCUACAUUUUUUUGUGAAAGACAAUUUUUCGUAUACAAGAAAUUUCAACAUUUUGCAUCCCGAAAAUAUUCAGAAAUGCUAGUUGUUUAUUCAGGUGCCAAUAUACACAUUCUAAACCGUUGAAAGUUACAGUAAGUUUAGUCUUUGGAGCUGGCCUUCAGAGCCACGUUUAUGUCCCCUUGUGUGGAUGGGGUCCCAUAAAGCAUUUUCCAUUUUUAUGUGCACAGUUGCCUUCUUUGGUGCCUGAUGCAUAAUGGUUGAAACUGAUCUGAUUCCAUCGUACAUACAAAUGGCCUUUCGAAAAAGAAUGUCAGUGUCAGAGUUUGUGUUGAAACGUGUACAAUAUUAAAAUUGCAUGGAGUAUAUUAUAGAUCUAAGAGAGCUCGUCUAGUGUCUAUUCCAGAAGUCUUUGUUGUGUUAAUGAAUGGCAAGUUCCUUAUGAGUCAACAUAUGUAUGUCCUUUGUGUUGUAAUUAUGUAUGUAAUAAUAGUAUGAGUCGUUCAUGUUAUACAGAAGUGGUAUGUGCCAUGUGAAAUUGACUAGAUUAUCUGUUGUCAUAGUUUAGAUUGUCAUAGCUGAAUGUUGUGCACAAUCAUAGCAGUGUAUGGUCUUUAUACAUAUAUCAGGGAUUAUUAUUUCACAAUUUUUUGAAAUAUGCCUCACAAGUGACUCAUUUUUGUACAACAGUUGGGAACAAAUCCUCAAAGAACAACAGUUAUUUUAUUGGAACAAAAACAGCUGCAAUUGUUGUUUCAGUUUUUAAUUAACAGAGUACAAAGUGAUUUAAGAUACUUAAAUGCCAACAAUGUAUUUGUGUGGUAAAAUGUGCAGAUUAUUUCUACACUUUAUUGGCUUCGUCUGCCUAGUAUUCUGAUUUCUAGAAACAGUUAUUGAUAUUGUUAUUUUAAUAAGAAAAAUACAUCUCUUUAUAAACUGUGGUUUACGGAAAUCAAAUUGUAAAGUUGUUUUAUAUAUUUGUUGUUAUUUUAAAAACAAUUGCAAAGAAAAAUUUAAUGAUAAAUUAUGAAAGUGUUAAUUUAACCUCAGGUUUAUUGGUUUUUGAUCAAAGUCGAUGUACAUACUGUAAUCAUGCUUUAGAAAAUCAAUAGUGAUCAACCAGAAUCUAUAUGACUCACAAAAAACAAAUUGUUUUUAUCUCAGGAUUACACAUUAAUACUUAUGUAACUGCUAAUGCAGAGCUAGCUGUUCCACACCAUUAUCAUAUACACAAAUACAUUAUCUACAUUUUGUUAACUUUUUCUGCAAUUUGUGGGGUAAAAGCACGUAUACAGAUGUAAAAUUACGUAGAAUACUUCUUCACCCUUAUUUUUGCACCAAGAAAUGCUGAAAUUAUUUUAAACUUUUCUUAAAAGUUCCAUACAAGUAAUCUCAGGAAAAACAAUUAGUACUAUUGCUGUUACAUUACGUAAGUAACAGCUCACACUAGAUAUCCUGUCGUACCUGCAAUACGUAAUACCAAAAAUCGUGAUGUGUAACUUUGUGUCAUAACUCAUAUGAGUUUCUUCUUUUUACAGUAGACAACUGUGACCCACAUCGUUUUCAUAUACUGGACUGCUGUGGCAGACAUAAGAUUUGUUAUUAGCACUGUAGAGCUGGUCUUCAAUUUUUGAUCGAGCAUAAGCAAAGUUUAAUUCUUAAUUGCUCAGAAACUAUUACCUCAGGAACGAUUUAGGGCUACUUUAUGUAUACCUCUUUGCCAUAGCACUUACGAGUGCUUUAAUUUAUUUCAGUAAACUGAUAGCAUGGAACUAUAUGUUGAUAUAAUUAUAUGAUUAUAAUAUACAGUAUGUACAAUGAAAUGGAGUAUACCAGAGACAUGUCAUAUAAAAUGUGUUCAAGAUUACCAUAUUGAUUCUGUAUGUGUGUGUUAAAAAGACAAUCUCAAAUUAUCUACAUAUAUACCUAUGCAACCACAAAUUGUUUAACUAAUGAUGACGUCAGUUUCGGAAAUAU